UAAUAGCGUCAAGAUGCUUCAAACUUCGGGUAUGACUGUUUAGCCCUGGAGUAUCGAACAAUAACUGCAGAUGACUUCCUCGGUAGCAUGUCAGAGACUUGAACUGUAUCACGCAGCUUUGUCUUGACUUUUUCUAUGUCUUCGUCGGACAUUUGCGAUAAUAAUAUCCUGAAUUCACAGAAUUCCCUUGCGCAUUUUGAGGAUGAGCUGGACUCAUCGCUUGGAUUAGGGUCAUCUAGGGAAUGACUCGAUGCAAUUUGAAGAAUUUCGGGAAACUCUCCCAACUAUGCAAAACACUAGAAAACAUGAUGAUACAAUAACAAGCAUCCGCUAUACCCUGAUGACAUGGCAAGAUCGAUGUUGUGACUCAGCCUCCUAGGUAAGUCGUAAGGCAGACAAGAGCACUAGGCAUCAGCCCCCAAGGCACUUUAAAUACAGCAUCUUGCCCGGCACACCCAGCCUCAUAACGUAUCCGAAACACCACACCGCAUCACAUAUUCCCAACCAUGGACCCCCAGCCAAAUCCCAACUUUCUCCCGCGGACUGCACCUCCGGGAGCUAAAUGCGAUAAAAUCGACUUCGCAACCUCCGACCCACCACUACCCGAAUACAAGAACCGCUUCGCUGUAGUAAUCGACAAUAUACUCACAGAAGAAGAAUGCAACGAACUAAUCCGUCUCGCGGAAGCCUCAACGCUAACUCCCCAGUCCACAACACCGGUCUGGGAGCGCGCCAUGAUCAACGUCGGUGGCGGGCGACAAAGACUCGUAACAGACACCCGCAACUGCGGCCGUAUUAUCUGGGAUUCGCCCGAGUUAGCCGACAAGCUCCUUAAUCGAUUAAUGCCCUUUCUUAAAGAGCUCGAGAUCGAUCGGCUGGAGAAUCGGCCCCUUGUUACCGGGCUCGCGGGUCGGAAUAAGACCUACGAGUUGACGAGACUGAAUGAACGACUCCGGUUCCUCAAGUAUGAAGGUGGCGAGUACUUCAAGCCGCACUGGGAUGCGUCCUAUACCACCCCUGAUCGGGAAGAGAAGUCGUAUUAUACCGUUCAUUUGUAUCUGAAUGGGGAUGGGGAGCAGGAUCUCAAGGAGCUGAUGCGCGAGCAGAUCAGGGUGGAGGAGAAAGGGGAUGUUAACUUGGAUGUUGGGGGCAAGUUGCUUGGUGGUGCUACGUCUUUUCUUCCGAGGUAUGAGGAGAAGGAGAGGCAGUUGAGGGUUUUUCCUAAGAUGGGUUCGGUGCUUGUGUUUCAGCAGAAUGAUUUGCUACAUGGUGGGGAUUCGGUGCUUCGGGGGACAAAGUAUACUAUGCGGACGGAUAUUAUGUAUCAGCAGGUGUGAAGAUGACUAUCUUGUAUCGAAUAGAGGUGUCAAGGGCUGUUGAUGGAUCUUGACGAGAAUGGACGGAAGAACUACCAUCAGGCAGGCUAAGGUGAAUGCCCUAUUCACAUCUAACUUAUUCCAAGUGCGUAUUUUCAGAA